AUAACAAGUCUUUGAUACUCCCUGACCGAAAAGCUGUUACUAUAACUAAAUUACACAAAAUGAGGGAACUGAAAUCUAGUUUCUUACUUACCAAAACAAUUAUUUUGAUGCAAAUCCUUGUAUUCAACAUAGUUUAAAAUAAAAAUAUCAACGAGAAUAUUUUUAGAGUUCAACUGCAACUUCCAUAAAUAUUGACUUAUUUCAAUUAUUGUUUAAAUGAUUCCUUUUUAAAAAGGGAAACAGAGCAGUUAUUAAUUUGAGAUGAACGAUUCCUUGCCUUUGUACGUUCAUUCUUUGAAUGCAGCACACACUGGUCUCUGGUGUAGACUGUCUGGUCAAAAGACCAUUCAUUUAAAAUUCUAACACACAUCACAUUUUGUGUGUGUUUAUUUAACCAUGCCGGUAUAGAGCAAGCAAAUCACUCCAAACAUCCAGUUGUUAGAACAUAUACAGUGCCAGUGAAGUAAUCGCUUUAUAAAAUAAUGAACUUGGGGGCAAAAAUUCAACCAUUGCCCCAAUCUUGACUAUUUAAAGCAACCGUUUAGCAUGUUAGUUUCAUAGCUAACAAAUGUUAAACUGAGUAGCUGUCUUGGGGGCUUUAUGAUUCCCAAAGAAGAAAGGAGAGAUACAGUUGAUACAUUCCAUAACGUUUACAUUUUCCCGCUAUUUUUUUUAAUUUUGCCUUAGAAGUAGUGACCUGGGCAAAGCACCCUGCUAUCUAAAAGACACUGUUAUAGACCUUUUAGAAAAACUAAGUCCAAGGCCGAGGUGAACUUCAGGUCACCGCGUCUAACAAAUAUGAAAAUGUCGGCUGGUGAAGGGCACGCCUUGUUGUUUAACAAAGACUGUCAAUGUGUAAGAUUAAUAAGAAACAAAAUGCACACGGUGUCACUUUUCGGUCACUUUGAAACUUGGGACAGGGUUGCAUUCAAGAGGGAAAGCUGGGGCUAAAUAUAUUCAAAAUGGUUCAAAUCAGAUUCAGGCCAGGCUGCUCGCGAGUCUUUCUCUCUGUCCACCCUCUCUGGUGCAUGGACAAGUUAAAAAGUGUAAUUGAAUUAUUAUUUUUUAAGUCUUUGGUUGUAAAACUAUUUUAUCCGCACGCACGGAAGUCAGCAGAUGUGCUUGUAUGUUUCACGAGACCUCUGAUAGACUGUUUGGGUAGGCAUGAGAUUGGAGCCUGUUGGUGCAUGAAGAUUAGAUAUCGCACAAUCAACUUCGUUUCAGUGAAUUCCCAAUCGCGUCUAUCGCAAGAUUCAGCUGGUAAACUUUUGGUCAUAUGUUAAUUGUUUAACCGUGUGAAAUAUGGUCUGAUUUUUUAAAUUAAAAAUAAAGGUUUUUUGUUUUGUUUUUGUUUGUUUGUUUGUUUGUUUGUUUGUUUUUAAAGCUGGGAUGGUGCUACAAAUUGGGUAACGGGAAAUAUCCGAGGAUAGUUCUGAGAUUGUUUAUUACAUCCAUAAAUCUUGCAGUAAAAUGUCGAAAUGGCCGUGUGUAAGAUAACACUUGGUGGUCUUGGCUGGGUUCUUGUUUAUGAUAACAAAACCACAAAGACAAGGAACAGGCCUUUGGAGAUCCUGCAUAAGCACAUCUUCACAGGCUGCUAGAACCACAGGAAAAACAGGCUUCAUCUGAGCAGCUGAGGUCACCUUGUAGAUUUACAAUCGCGUGCAAAAUUGUAUUAUUUUCUGUUUCACUGAGAAACACAGCUACACAGUAGAAAGAAGUACAGUUGAACAAGUAUACUUUGAAGUGUAAUCACGGUAAAUAUUAUUAAUGAGAACCUGGGAAGCUCUCCGAAUACAACACUCAGCAUACAAAAUAAGCCGUUCUGAAAGGCAUUCUCUUGGAAAAAGUCUGUGAAGACGCAAAGGAUUUUCCUGGAAAAAAAAAAAGUGGUGAUGUGUAAAGACACAGCAUCUUGGCAGUCUGCUAAAAAAAUGUAUACUGCCUUGUUGGAGAAUCAGCCCCGGUCUGCAAAAUAUCACAUGGCAGAUUAUCAACAUUUAAGAAAUCCAGUGCACCGAAAAAGACGAUUUACUGAGCGAUAACAGCAGGAAAUAAUUCAGUCCACUGUUAGAAGUUUUAGGAGGUCUACCAGGAGAGGCCAUUGGAGGAAGAACGUCACGUGACAGAGGGGUGCCAAUGUUAUUCUUUAAGGGUGUCAAGACCCUGUCAGUUUGUGAAAUAAAUAUUGGGAAACAACGAAAUGCAAAAAGCGACCUACUACGACAGCUCUGCAAUCUAUGGUGGCUACCCCUACCAAGGAGCAAAUGGUUUCACUUAUAAUGCUAGUCAGCAGCAAUAUCCUCCAUCUUCAUCACUUGUGGAAACUGAAUAUCAUCGACCUGCUUGCUCUUUACAGUCACCUGGCAGUUCUGUGUCCCACCAUAAGGCCAAUGAAAUCAAUGAGAGUUGCAUGAGGACCAUCACUAGCCAACCCAUUCAGCCCCCAGUUAUUUCAGAGCAGCAACAGCCUCCAACCCAGCAGGCACCACCUCCACCUCCACCCUCUGUCUCACCACCUCAAAAUGCCAGCAGCAAUUCUGCCCCAGCUAACACUACCAAGAGCCCAGUUAUUAACUCACCCACCAUGUCCAAACAAAUAUUCCCAUGGAUGAAAGAGUCUCGACAAAAUACAAAACAGAAAAACAGCAGCUCCAGUUCAGGUGAGAGCUGUGCUGGUGAUAAAAGCCCUCCAGGGCAAGCCUCCUCUAAAAGAGCACGUACAGCUUAUACAAGUGCCCAGCUGGUAGAACUGGAAAAGGAGUUCCACUUCAAUAGAUACCUUUGCAGGCCAAGAAGGGUAGAAAUGGCUAAUUUGCUCAAUCUCACAGAAAGACAAAUCAAAAUAUGGUUUCAGAACCGCAGAAUGAAAUAUAAAAAGGAUCAAAAGGGAAAGGGCAUGAUGACCUCUUCAGGAGGACAGUCCCCAAGCAGAAGUCCUGUGCCUCCAGCUCCUGGGGGGUAUUUAAACUCUAUGCAUUCUUUAGUAAACAGUGUUCCCUAUGAGCCCCAGUCUCCUCCAUCAUUUAACAAGCCUCAUCAAAAUGCCUAUGGCAUCCCUGCAUCAUAUCCGGCUCCUCUCAAUAAUUGUCCGCCUCCUCAAAAGAGAUACACGGGGACAGCAGCGGUUACUCCUGAAUAUGAUACUCAUCCUCUUCAAGGCAACAGUUAUGGAAAUCCACAUAUACAGGGAAGCCCCGUCUAUGUGGGGGGCAACUAUGUGGACACCAUGACCAAUUCUGGGCCUUCCAUCUUUGGUCUAACUCAUCUCCCUCAUCCCUCCUCUGCCAACAUGGACUACAGUGGGACUGGGCCAAUGGGCAACAAUCACCACCAUGGAUCUUGUGAUCCACACCCAACAUACACAGACCUUACUUCUCAUCAUCCUUCUCAGGGAAGAAUUCAGGAAGCGCCCAAACUCACCCAUCUGUAACAGACAUGAGUUACUAAGUGGAAUGAAGUCCCCAACUUUUUAAAAGUACUUCCCACCCUUCCCUCCCAUCUCCCUCUAUUUUUGUUUUUGUUUUGUUUUGUUUUGUUUGGUAAAGCGUUCUAUAGUUUACGUGACGUAGCAAUAUUUGUUGCUUGAAUUGCUCUAUAGUUUCAAUAGUGGAUAUUUAUCUUCUUGAACUGUAGCCUUGUGUCUCGCUUUGGGAGUAUACAUAGGCUUUAUACUUUACUUCUACACUUUUAUCAAAACAGGGUAUAUGAACAAAUUUUCUAUAACAAUAAUUCUGAAAUGUGAAUUUGUUCGUACAUGAUUGAUCCCACGGGGAAGCAAUUUUUUACUGCACUUCUUUUAAAUAGCGAGAAAGAAAUCAAAGGCGCUUGAACAGGGGCUCCCUGGACAAUUAUUAAUACGUGUUAAGUCUUUCAAUGUGUGUAUGCUGGUGAACAUUCAGAUUUAUUUAUAUUUUUUUUAAAACAUUGAAUAAUCUAAGUGUUUAAAAUUUUAUUUAUCCCCAUCUGUUCAUAUUUAUAUAUAUAUAUAUAAAAUUCUGUACCAUGAAUAUUCAGGAGGUAUUUACCUGGCCGUAUGUUAGAUAGCAUAUUGGCAUAAGUAGGAAAUAUCAUUUGAAAGGAAACUAUUACUCCUUUAUUUAAAAAUAUAAUAAUGCAAUAAAAUUUGAAAAAUUGAUCACAAAUUGAAUAAUUUAUGCUUGUAACAUCCAGCUAAAUGGAAAAUGUGUAAACCUGAAAAGACUAGAUUUGUUUUGAAAGUUAUACAUUCCUUGCUGCUCACAUUCUGACAAAAAUAAAGUUUUUAUUCUGAAUAAUAAAGAGUUAAGAAACCGUUAUUUGUUCAAAAAGACCCAAACCAUGUGAUCACUAAGUGAACAGAUAUAGAUACACACACACACACAUACACAAACACAAAUAUCCGAUACCCAACCCACAUAACCUCCAGCCCCUUCUGUUUUCCUUAUCAAGGUUUUAAAACUGCAGUGAAUUGGCAAAUCCCAAUAUGUCUUAUGAGCUGUGACAAUUUCAGCGUUGAAAAUACCAAGGAUGCAAACGAUCCGCCUUUUGUGUCCAUAACGCUAGGUGCUGAGCUGCCGGCAUGCUUUAGAGGCACUGCUAUUGGGAGGAUAUUUUUGUCUGAAUAAUAUUUAUUUGGGUCAGAAACAAAACCACGUUUAUUUCGCAAACAGCACUGCUCCACAUAAAGCUCGGGUGCCCGCGCCGAACAGAGUGAUUCCUGAGACAGUGCUCGUAAGGGUAAGCUGGUCCUUGGUCUAGAGAUGUUGGCUUUCGCCAUGUUGGGCUUUUUUUCCCCCCUGCAGGAACCCACUUCACCAACAGCCGUCCAUAUGGAAAAGGCUCUUCUCGCCUCUGCACUGGAGGGACCUUUGGAAAGUUGGGAGCUUUUUACUCCCACACUUUUCCUCCCAGGGUCAAAACGGACAAUCCAUCGCCUGUUACAUUGUGCUGGGAGGAGGGGGAAAUUAAAUAAAGCAAAGAGAGCUAAGAAUAAAAAUAAGAUAAUGUACAUGGAUAUUUUGAAGGCACAAAUUAAAAAAAAUUAAUAGUGAUAAAUACAGUUCAUCACCCCACUAGAGAAGAAACCAGAAUAAACCAGCUGUUUAGGUUUGUGUACACUUUUUGGAAGCAAAGCUUGCUGUUCAGGCUCAUAAACAGGAUUACACUGUAGUUCGGGAUAUUUUCUUCUCAAUAUGUUGCUUCCUAUUCGGCUAUGAUUUUAAAAAAAUGACCCGAUUUAGUAUUUUUUUCAUUUUUGUUAAUCUGGUUUCCCACCCCACUUCACCUCCUCCCUUUUCUGGCCCUGGUGGGGGAGGGGAUACAAGAGCGCUCUAGCUUUCUUUAAAAAAACGCAAUAUUGCAAAAUACUUACUCUCUGCAUGGCUUUCGAUAAUAAAUUAGCAAGCUAUUCACAUGCAAAGCUAUUCCGAUAGAAAUCUGUAUUAACUGGAAUCCAGAGAAGCGAAUCAACAUACUAAAAUAAGAGUUUUCUUUCAUAAUACUAUGUGACCUUAUUUUUAAAAUUCAGACUAUAAAUCAGGAUGGACCUUAAUAGAUUUGGGUGAAAUAUACACAUGUAUGUAUAUAGAGACAUAAACAUAUGCCAUGUAGAUAUUAACCCAUGCUGUUCAGUAUCUGUGUCUUUUACUGCACGGGAAAAAUGUCGCCAUUUUGGUCUCACUCUAAAAUAUUAUUAAUCGUGAGCCUUUAUCUUGUUCUGAGAAUCAUCCUUGCUUGAAGUUUGUUGAAAAUAUUAUAAUGUAUCCCUGAAUCUAUAUAUAAGUGUUCUGCAAAAAAUAUAUAUAAUAUUUCAGUCAAAGAAAGCGAUUUUGUAUGUAUUUAUUUUAUUAUAUAUAUAUAUACCUCAACUGAUGAAGAGGUUGCCUAGAAUCUGUCUGAUAUUUUUCAUUGAAUCAUAAUAUAUAUUCAAAACUGACCUAGGAUAGAACAUUAAUGUGAAGAGGAAGAAAGUAUCUUUUGGCCAUUGAUAAAUCCAGAAAGGAUUAUUUAGGAAAUGUUUCUGUUUAUUUAAACAACUCUUGUUUUAGGCAGGUUAAAUAAAAUCAGAGGAAAUGUCAGAAUCUAUUAAUUCUUCAUGUGUUACAUCUUUUAGCACAGAUAAUUAAAUUUAUAAAAAUAUUAGAAAGAAUUUGGCUUUCCACUCCCUUUCUCUCAUUCCAAAUACAUAUAUGAGCGCAGUUUCCCCUACUCUUUCCAGAAAAAAUACAGCUAGUUUGUUUCCAUUUUUAAAUCUCUAUAUUGGAUUUUUUAAAAAAAUCUAUUGAUUAACACAUAUUUAUAAAGGCAGAAUAAUAGAUUUUUACAAGUAUUUUGCAGUUCACUGUCCGAAGAGAAAAACCUUUUGUUCCAGGUGGUUUUUGUAUUACACCGACCACAAGAAAAUAAAUAGGAUAAAUAAAUAAAUAAAUGCGCAGAAUACCUACACCCACACGUUUUUUACUUACAAAGGCUCGUUACACUCGAAAUCUCCCUCUUUCUCUCCCUUUAUUGUUUUUUCAUCUUACUGUUAAUUCCAAUAUUUUAAAGUCAAAAUAACCCUCAGCACCAAGCCAACUAGAAACGUAUAUUCCCACAGUACUGAGACUAACCCUGAAGCAGUACAUUUUAAAAGGAGCCCUUUUCCUUGUUUACUUGCGUUUCUUGCUCUCCUUCUUUGCUCGGUCACAUUUGAUCUUGGAAAGAGCAAGAAGGUUUAAAUGUGUUCUUAAGGGCCAGUAGCUGUCAAACCUUUUGGCGGACAAGAUUGAUCACGGGCAGGCAUCACCAGAGCUUUGUUUGUAGUAAAAGCAAGAAAAUUAAACCCCCAGCAUUUUCCAACAGCAUCUAUAUUUAUAAGGCAUCCCUUUUGAGGUAUUAAAUGACAAGUCUCGUUCUAUAUUUUAUUUAAACAACCUAACAAAACAACCCCCCCUUUAAAAUGCCCCAACCCCAUUCCUCCUUUCCCAGCCUUUCCCAGAUAUACUUCAUCUUGUGGAUUUAUUAGCUUCAAACCGAAGGGUUUUGGUCAGUCUCGGAUAGAGUGGAGGUCUAAUGAUCAGUUUGUUAUUUGAACCGCUUACAAAGAUUCUGGCCAUUCCUUUCAAUGCAAUUCCGAAGUAGAGCAGCUAUUGCCAGCGCAAGUCUGAUUUGGCUUCCUUAGACUAUAAAAAAAAAAGAAAAAAAAAGAACAACAAUGAUGUCUUUCAUCUGCAUACAAAAUGCUACACGAAACAGAUAUGGCCUGCGUGCUGUGGAAACUAAAAUUCCGGAUGUGUUCAUUGUGUUUAUUAAUAAUAA